UCCUCCGCCGCUGAUGUGAACUAUUUUCUCUCAAUCAGAAAAAUAAUUUCGAAUGACUCCUUCCAAAUAGGGAACCUAUGACAGACUAUUUAGCUUAGUCUCCAUGGGAUAAAGACUUUCCGGGGCUUAGCCUAACGCAAGGCAUUCGAAACUGGAAAGACAACGCGCGGAGGGAUCCAGUUUGUUGUGGUGAGGGGAGGGGGGAGACGCUGACAAACUAAGAUGGCGGCUACGGCGGUGAAGGCCGCGGCGGCUGGGAGGUAACUGGUGGUGAAAGCAAAGGCAGCGGUAGUUGGCAGGCAGCGGCAGAAUUUGGGAGGAAUUGCGCAAAGCGAAGACGUGGUGGCAGUAGCAUCAUCCUGAAACCCUCAGAGCGCGGCACACACACGCCCCCCUAGGUCCUUGGCGGGCGGCGGCCGCCCAGCUUAAGGCCUAGUCUCCGAGCAGUGUCUCGGUUUCAGACAGCAGCGGCGCCAUGAGCCCGUAAGGGCGGUCCAGCCCUCCUGAUACCUGGCCCACGCCUCGGGCCCACCAUGGAGCCGGGGUCAGACGACUUCUUACCGCCCCCGGAGUGCCCGGUGUUCGAGCCUAGCUGGGCCGAGUUCCGAGACCCUCUUGGCUACAUCGCGAAAAUCAGGCCCAUCGCGGAGAAGUCGGGCAUUUGCAAGAUCCGCCCACCCGCGGACUGGCAGCCACCUUUUGCUGUGGAAGUGGACAACUUUAGGUUUACUCCCCGGAUCCAGAGGCUGAAUGAGCUAGAGGCCCAGACGAGAGUGAAACUGAACUACUUGGACCAGAUUGCCAAAUUCUGGGAAAUCCAGGGCUCCUCCUUAAAGAUUCCCAAUGUAGAACGACGGAUCUUGGACCUCUACAGCCUCAGCAAAAUUGUGGUGGAAGAAGGUGGUUAUGAAGCCAUCUGCAAGGAUCGUCGGUGGGCUCGGGUGGCCCAGCGCCUCAACUACCCACCAGGCAAAAAUAUUGGUUCCCUGCUACGCUCUCACUAUGAACGCAUUGUUUAUCCCUAUGAGAUGUACCAGUCUGGAGCCAACCUUGUGCAGUGCAAUACACGUCCAUUUGAUAAUGAGGAAAAAGACAAGGAAUACAAACCUCACAGCAUCCCCCUUCGACAGUCUGUGCAGCCUUCCAAAUUCAACAGCUAUGGCCGGCGGGCCAAGAGACUGCAGCCUGAUCCGGAACCUACAGAGGAAGACAUUGAAAAGAAUCCAGAGCUGAAAAAGCUACAGAUCUAUGGGGCAGGCCCUAAGAUGAUGGGCCUGGGUCUCAUGGCCAAGGAUAAGACUCUGAGGAAGAAAGAUAAGGAAGGGCCUGAGUGUCCCCCCACUGUAGUGGUGAAGGAGGAAUCAGAUGGCGAUGUGAAGGUGGAAUCAGCCUCUCCCAAGGCCUUCCUGGAAAGCAAGGAGGAGUUGAGUCACAGCCCAGAGCCCUGCACCAAGAUGACCAUGAGGCUGCGGAGGAACCACAGCAAUGCACAGUUUAUUGAGUCAUACGUAUGUCGGAUGUGUUCCCGGGGGGAUGAGGAUGACAAGCUCUUGCUGUGUGAUGGCUGUGAUGACAACUACCACAUCUUCUGCCUGCUGCCACCUCUGCCUGAGAUCCCAAAAGGUGUCUGGCGGUGCCCAAAGUGUGUCAUGGCGGAGUGUAAACGGCCCCCUGAAGCCUUUGGCUUUGAGCAAGCUACCCGGGAAUAUACUCUGCAGAGCUUUGGGGAGAUGGCUGACUCCUUUAAAGCCGACUACUUCAACAUGCCUGUGCAUAUGGUGCCCACAGAACUCGUAGAGAAGGAGUUCUGGCGGCUGGUAAAUAGCAUUGAGGAAGAUGUGACUGUUGAGUAUGGGGCUGACAUCCAUUCCAAAGAAUUUGGCAGCGGUUUCCCUGUUAGUGACAAUAAGCGGCACCUAACCCCUGAGGAGGAGGAGUAUGCCACGAGUGGUUGGAAUCUGAAUGUGAUGCCAGUGUUGGAGCAGUCUGUACUGUGCCACAUCAAUGCAGAUAUCUCUGGCAUGAAGGUGCCCUGGCUUUAUGUGGGCAUGGUCUUCUCAGCUUUUUGCUGGCAUAUUGAAGAUCACUGGAGUUACUCCAUUAACUACCUCCACUGGGGUGAGCCAAAGACCUGGUAUGGAGUACCCUCACUUGCAGCAGAACAUUUGGAAGAAGUGAUGAAAAAGCUGACACCUGAGCUUUUUGAUAGCCAGCCUGACCUCCUACACCAGCUUGUCACCCUCAUGAAUCCCAAUACCCUCAUGUCCCAUGGCGUGCCGGUUGUCCGCACAAACCAGUGUGCAGGAGAAUUUGUCAUCACCUUCCCUCGUGCUUACCACAGUGGCUUCAAUCAAGGCUACAACUUUGCUGAGGCUGUCAACUUUUGCACUGCUGACUGGCUACCAGCUGGGCGCCAGUGCAUUGAGCAUUAUCGCCGACUCCGAAGAUACUGCGUCUUCUCCCAUGAAGAGCUCAUCUGCAAAAUGGCUGCCUGCCCUGAGAAACUGGACCUGAACCUGGCAGCAGCUGUGCAUAAGGAGAUGUUUAUCAUGGUGCAGGAGGAGCGGCGUUUGCGAAAGGCUCUGCUGGAGAAGGGUAUCACAGAGGCUGAGCGAGAGGCUUUUGAGCUGCUCCCAGAUGAUGAGCGCCAGUGCAUCAAGUGCAAGACCACAUGCUUCCUGUCUGCCUUGGCCUGCUAUGACUGUCCAGAUGGUCUUGUUUGCCUUUCCCACAUCAACGACCUCUGCAAGUGCUCCAGUAGCCGACAGUACCUUAGGUAUCGGUACACCUUGGAUGAGCUUCCAGCCAUGCUGCAUAAGCUGAAGGUUCGAGCUGAAUCCUUUGAUACGUGGGCCAACAAAGUACGAGUGGCCCUGGAGGUGGAGGAUGGGCGGAAGCGCAGCCUUGAAGAGCUAAGGGCACUGGAGUCUGAGGCCCGUGAGCGCAGGUUUCCUAACAGCGAGCUCCUACAGCGGCUAAAGAACUGCUUGAGUGAGGCAGAGGCUUGCGUGUCCCGGGCUCUGGGAUUGGUCAGCGGCCAGGAAGCUGGCCCCCACAGGGUGGCUGGUCUACAGAUGACCCUGGCUGAGCUCCGGGCCUUUCUGGACCAGAUGAACAACCUGCCUUGUGCCAUGCACCAGAUUGGGGAUGUCAAGGGUAUUCUGGAACAAGUGGAGGCCUACCAGGCUGAGGCUCGUGAGGCUUUAGCCUCACUGCCCUCCAGUCCAGGGCUACUGCAGUCCCUGUUGGAGAAGGGGCAGCAGCUGGGGGUGGAAGUGCCUGAGGCCCAGCAGCUCCAGCGGCAAGUGGAGCAGGCUCGAUGGCUGGAUGAGGUAAAACGCACACUGGCCCCAUCAGCCCAAAGGGGCACCCUGGCUGUCAUGCGAGGACUGUUGAUUGCAGGCGCCAGUGUAGCCCCCAGCCCUGCUGUGGAUAAGGCCCAGGCUGAGCUUCAGGAGCUUCUGACCAUUGCAGAACGCUGGGAGGAGAAAGCUCACCUCUGUCUGGAGGCCAGGCAGAAGCAUCCACCAGCCACACUCGAGGCCAUAAUUCGUGAAGCAGAAAAUAUACCUGUUCACCUGCCCAACAUCCAGGCUCUCAAGGAGGCUCUUGCGAAAGCCCGUGCUUGGAUUGCUGAUGUGGAUGAAAUCCAAAAUGGUGACCACUACCCCUGUUUGGAUGACUUGGAGGGCCUGGUGGCUGUAGGCCGGGACCUCCCUGUGGGCUUGGAGGAGCUGAGACAGCUGGAGCUGCAGGUACUGACAGCCCACUCCUGGAGGGAGAAGGCCUCUAAGACCUUCCUCAAGAAGAAUUCUUGCUACACACUGCUGGAGGUGCUCUGCCCGUGUGCAGACGCCGGCUCAGACAGCACCAAGCGCAGCCGCUGGAUGGAGAAGGAGCUGGGGUUGUACAAAUCUGACACAGAGCUGCUGGGGCUGUCUGCGCAGGACCUCAGGGACCCAGGCUCUGUGAUCGUGGCCUUCAAGGAGGGGGAGCAGAAGGAAAAGGAAGGUAUCCUGCAGUUACGUCGUACCAACUCAGCCAAACCCAGUCCCCUGGCAUCGUCAACCACAGCCUCUUCUGCAACCUCCAUCUGUGUGUGUGGGCAAGUGCCAGCCGGGGUGGGAGCUCUGCAGUGUGACCUGUGUCAGGACUGGUUCCAUGGGAGGUGUGUGUCAGUGCCCCGUCUCCUCAACUCCCCGAGGCCCAGUCCCACUUCAUCCCCACUGCUGGCCUGGUGGGAAUGGGACACCAAAUUCCUGUGCCCACUGUGCAUGCGCUCACGGCGCCCACGCCUGGAAACCAUCCUGGCACUGCUGGUAGCCCUGCAGAGACUGCCUGUGCGGCUGCCCGAGGGCGAGGCCCUGCAGUGCCUCACAGAGAGGGCCAUCAGCUGGCAAGGCCGUGCCCGACAGGCUCUGGCCGCUGAGGAUGUGACUGCUCUGUUGGGACGGCUGGCUGACCUCCGCCAACGGCUACAGGCUGAACCCAGGCCCGAGGAGCCCCCAACUUACCCUUCAGCCCUUGCCUCUGACUCUCUCAGAGAGGGCAGUGGCAAGGAUAUGCCUAAGGCCCAGGGCUUGCUGGAGAAUGGCGAUGGUGUGACCAGUCCUGAGAAGGUGACCCCAGAGGAAGGCUUAGACCUGGAACUGCUGUCCUCACUGUUGCCACAAUUGACUGGCCCUGUGUUGGAACUACCUGAGGCAACCCGAGGCCCCCUGGAGGAGCUAAUGAUGGAGGGGGAUCUGCUUGAGGUGACCUUGGAUGAGAACCACAGCAUCUGGCAGCUGCUGCAGGCUGGGCAGCCUCCCGACUUGGAGCGGAUCCAGACACUUCUAGAGCUGGAGAAGGCAGAGCGCCAUGGGAGUCGGGCACGGGGCCGGGCCCUGGAGAAACGGCGGCGGCGGAAGGUGGAUCGGGUUGGGGAGGGCGAAGACCCAGCUCGAGAGGAGCUAGAGCCAAAGAGGGUACGGAGCUCAGGGCCAGAGGCCGAGGAAGCCCAGGAGGAGGAGGAGCUGGAGGAGGAGACUGGGGGUGAGGCCCCCCCUGCACCCCUCCCCACCACUGCCAGCCCCAGCACCCAGGAGAACCAGGAUGACUUGGAACCCGCGCUAGGGGCUACUUCAAGCCCUUCUGCCCCUUUUUCUACUCUGACUUCCCGGCUGCAUGUGCCCUGCCCACAGCAGCCGUCUCAGCAACAGUUGUGACAGUGGCUGAGCCUAGCACAGACCCCAACAGACACCCCCUGCCUUGGCCUCAAGGAUCCUCUUUCUGACCAUCAAGCCUGCUUUUUGGAGUUGGGCCAGUAGGGGGGGAUGGCCACCCCCCUUCCUAACACCCUUCCCACCCCCCACCCCCACCCCCAAGUCCUUUGACUUUUAUAUUCUGACUCCAAGGUACUCAGACCUCAGCUCCUGGGGGCUGGCCCCUGGAGUGCCCCAUCCCUGGUAACCUCUAACCAGCAUUCCCAGACACCUGAGACAAAAGACAAAUGGGCAGGGGGGCAACGGGGGCUGGGCCAGCAGCAUUCCAGAGACAAGGCCAGUGCAUAUGCAAGCUGGGGUGGGGUCCUCUUCUGGUUUUCCCCAGCUCUGGCCUGGCCGGGCCAUGCUACACUAAUCUCCCCUCUUCCUCGCCUUCUCUCUCCUCCUUCCCUUUUUCCCUCUUCCCUCUGUCCUUUUCUUCCUCUUCCUGCUUUCUCCUUCCCGACUGUUCCACCCAGGAGGAGGAAACUUCACAUAGCUGUGCUUACAGUUUUUUUUUUUAUUUUAAAGGAAUUUGGUGGGGGGCUAAACAGGGCUCCCUGUGAUCUGAAGAAAGCUUUUGGUGCUUGUCCUCACGUCCACCUCAACCGCCUUCCCUGUCCUCUGUCUCCUUUCCUCCUCCUGGGUUCCUGUUGUAAUAAAAGAAGAUUGUUGGUGUGUAAUUAAUUUGUUCAAAGGAAAAAAAAAGCAAA